AUGGAGCGGGCAACCUUAAAAGCCGUGGACGAUAAACCGCAAAAGAAAGUGAGGUUUCGGGUGGCCUCGGCGAACAGCGGGCGGAUCAUAAAGGAGGUGUACAAGGAUGAAGUGCCGUCGGACUCUUUGGACUCUGACUGCCCUUCCAGCAGCUCCGAGGCGGAACGGGUCAGCACCCCUUCGACCAGCGAAGCCAACGGGCACCUCAAUGGACUUAACUCCGAGUUGGAUGACAGCGGGAGCGAGCCGGAUGACUUGCUCCUGUAUGCCAGUGCGUCCAAAGACAGACUCUUCAGCACCAAGCGCGUGAACAUCCUGAGCAAAAAUGGGACAGUGCGUGGGGUGAAACACAAAGUGAGCGCUGGUCAGGUGCUCUUCAACAACCUGUCCAGCGUGUAUGGGUCAAGUGUGAAAGUGGAGUUUGGGCAGAUUGUGAUCUACACCACAAGUUUCCGGGUGGUGAGGGACACAUUCGAGCGCUGUGAGCUAGUCCACAAGAUCUUCCAGAACCACCGGGUUAAAUUCCUGGAGAAGAACGUGGCCCUGAACAGCGACUACAGCAAGGAGCUGGAGGAGCGCUGCAGGAAGGUGGGGGAGCCCCCCUCCCUUCCCGUGGUCUUCAUCGACGGACACUACCUCGGGGGUGCUCAGAAAAUACUGGGGAUGAAUGAAUCGGGAGAGCUUCAGGAUCUCCUCAACAAAAUUGAGAGAGUGCAGCACCCCCACACCUGCCCCACCUGUGGGGGAUUUGCCUUCAUCCCGUGCCCCAUGUGCCAUGGCAGCAAGAUGUCCGUGUUCCGCAACUGCUUCACGGACGCCUUCAAGGCCCUCAAAUGCACCGCCUGCAAUGAGAACGGCCUGCAGCCCUGCCCUAGCUGCACCCGAUAG